AUGUUUGCGGUGCGAGGCGAGGGUCUCGCCUGGAUGACAGUGGUUUCGUGUGGCUGGGCAAUCCUUCUCUAUGGAUAUGAUCAAGGAGUCAUGAGUGGUUUAAUAUCACUGCCGCAAUUCAACGAAGAAAUGCUGGGGAGCCCAAACUCUAGCGCCGGCAUCAAAGGUCUCGUGGUGGCUAUAUAUGGAAUCGGUGCAUUCGUUGGUGCGAUUUCAGCAAUGUUAUACGCAGGCCGCAAGUUUGGGCGCCGUAUCACUGUCACUGUAGGACAGGCGUUUGCUAUGGUUGGGGCCGCGCUCCAGGCAAGCUCCUUCAGCCUCCCUCAGACAAUUGUUGCUCGCAUCAUCACUGGCAUCGGUAAGGUUGGGCAGAUCACAGCGACAGUGCCAGUGUGGAUGGCAGAGAUUGCGCCACCCUCACGAAGAGGACUGGCCGGUGGCAUCAUGAUGAUAUGUGGACCCCUGGGCCUACUCAUCGCGUACUGGAUCGACUACGGUGUUAGCUCAUACGCCUCUGGCUUCUCUUUCCGAUUCCCAUUGGCGUUUCAAGCCGUCUUCUGUGUGGGACAGUUCCUCACCAUGCCCUUCCUGCCUGAAUCACCUAGAUGGCUCGUAGCAAAGGGACGUGUCGAGGCUGCGAGUACUGUCAUUGCGUCGAUCCACGGCGUGAACCACAUCAGAGAGAGUGAUGACGCCCAGCUGAUGUUCAAUGACAUUCAGCAAGCUGUCACGAUUGAACACGACGGCAAACCGGCUUGGAAAGAGCUGGUUACGUCAGGGCCUCUUCGCUACCGUCGUAGAGUGGUUCUCGCAUUCGCUACACAGGCUAUGCAGCAGCUGGCUGGAAUCAAUGUGUUCGCCUAUUAUUCGACAGUGAUAUUUGAGCAGUCCCUAGGGAAGAGCAGCCACGAUGCACUGAUUAUGGGAGGGUUCACUGCCUUAGUCUUCUUCCUAGGGGGUUGCGUCGGAUCAUCCCUCGCAGAUAGACUUGGACGUAGAGUGAUGCUAAUGUCAGGCUUCGCCGGGGCUUCAAUCGGAAUGGCCUUGGGCGCUAUAGGAACGUCGGAGACCUCUUACAGCUUCGGAGUUGUAGCCACAUUUGGCAUCUUCUUCUUCCAGUUUAUCUUUGGAGCUGGUCUUCUGAUCCCACCAUGGGUAUAUGGUGUUGAAAUCAUGCCACUGAAGCUGAGGGCCUUAGGGGGAUCCAUAAGUGCCGCUUCUGGCUGGAUUUGGAACUUCGCAGUGGUGCAAGUCACUCCAGCCGGCCUCGAAUCGCUUGGAUAUGGAUAUUUCAUAAUGUGGGCAGCCUUCAACUUCUGCUUCAUCUGGGUCAUCUUUUGUGAGUAA